AUGCGUAAAACAGCAAACAUCGACUAUAAGCAAGAACUCAAGCGACAUUAUUCCAGUAUCCAGAUAUUCGCUAUAGCAUUUAGCAUUAUGGGACUGCUUCCGUCCAUUUCAGCAACGCUGUGGUUUUCGGUCCCUGCAGGUCCUGUUGGUAUGGUGUGGGGAUGGUUCUCAGCAAGUUCUCUUAUAUUUGUUGUUGCCCUAGCUAUUGCUGAACUUGGCUCCUCGUUGCCAACAUCUGGUGGUUUGUACUGGUGGACGCAUUACUUUGCUUCUGAACGAUUCAAAAAUCCUUUAAGCUUUCUUGUCGGAUACAGCAACACGCUGGGGCUCAUUGGAGGCAUUUGCUCCAUAGAUUAUGGAUUCGCAUCGUUUAUCGUAUCCCUGGGCAGUAUUAGCAGCGAUGGGAAGUGGCUACCCCAUCGCGGAUACUUAUAUGCCAUCUUUGUUGCGACUGUGCUCUGUCAUGGCCUGCUUGCAACCUUUUGUGCAAGAGUCAUGCAUCAUCUUCAGACCUGGUUUGUUGUCGCCAAUAUUGCGCUGAUUAUAGCGACAGUUAUUGUUUUACCAAUCAGUAUGCGCAUCAGAGGCGUUCCAAUCAACUCGGCUGAUACUGUAUUUGGUCAUACCGCCAAUGAAGGUACUACUUGGCCGACGGGCUGGGCAUUCAUGCUAUCCUGGCUGUGUCCGAUUUGGACAAUAGGAGCGUUUGACUCUUGCGUCCAUAUGAGUGAAGAAGCCAAAAGCCCAAAAAGGGCUGUUCCGGCUGGUACAGUAGCCUCGGUCGGAUGCUGCUGGAUCAUAGGCUUCUUUCUGAACGCGAUUCUGGCCGCUUGUGCCGGCAGCGACUUUGGAGCAAUACUAGCCUCGCCUUUUGGCCAGCCCAUGGCUCAAAUAUACCAUAAUGCUUUGGGUAAACAAGGGGCUUUAGGCUUCAUGUCCGCCAUUUCCAUCCUACAGUUUUUCAUGGGCCUCAGCAUUGUAAUUGCUGCAUCUAGGCAAACUUGGGCAUUCUCUCGAGACGGGGCCCUACCGUUCUCUUCGUACCUCCGCAAAAUCAGCAAAUCUUUUGGAUACCAGCCCUUGAGGACAGUAUGGGCAUGCUGUCUUACGGCUAUUGUCCUUGGGUUGCUAUCGUUAAUCAACACUGCAGCUGCCAAUGCUCUUUUUUCUCUUGCUGCAGCGAGUAACAAUGUCGCCUGGGGAAUCCCAAUCCUAUGUCGUGUCCUUUGGGGCCAAUCCAAAUUUCGCCCGGGUCCCUUCUAUCUGGGCAGAUUUAGUGUUGCUGUGUCAAUCAUCGCACUAAUUUACUUGACGUUUGCUACUAUUCUUUGCAUGUUUCCAACGCAAGGACCAAAUCCUGAUCCGACUAUCAUGAAUUAUUCUCCAGUUGUCAAUGGAGCGGUCUGGGGGGGUGCACUACUAUACUAUUUCGCAUACGCCCACACCUGGUUCAAGGGUCCUAUACACAAUACUCAUAGCGUGGAAGAAGAAGGACAGAUUUAA